AUGCAAGAUCUAACGAUAGGAUUUGAAGCUGAAACAUUCUGCCCAAAGCAGGAUUUGUACCUUAGUCCUUUGGCCAGGAUAGAAAUCACAAUAAAAUUGCCCAAGUUCACCAUUCCUGGCCAGUCAAUUUCAAAUUGGGAUCUCAUGGAACGGUUGAAGAAAGGUAUAGCUCCUCUAGAAUUUGCGUCAAUUCGUGUCACGGAAAGUUCUCUUGAAGGUGUAACUUUGGAAGCAGACCUUGUUGUAAAAAUACUGGAAUCUCUUACUGUGAAGGUUAGCGGAUUUAGUGACCCCGUACGAGUACGCGUUGCGGAGGCGAAAUAUGAAUUUCCGAGGCGCCAUGAUUGGGAUCUGUUCUUCAUGAAGAAUAAGUUGGAUGAAAGUAAACCUGGUGAACGGCCGGAUACUAUAUAUCUAGAGAAAAUACCCAUCAAGUGGUUCGCGGUGAGUGCAUUUCUUAUAUGUUUACUUAUUUCUUUAUUUUGAGC